CCGCGAGUCAGACGUUUUGGUACAUAUUGUUCACGGACGUUUCUGAAAACUAGAACUGAUAUAAUGUCAACAACUAGAAAAAAACGAGCUUUCCGCGCUUAUUUGUAGCGAGUAGCCUACAACAUAAAGAGUUGGCUGUCACAAAGGGUUGGUCAAGCAAGCUCUGUUAUGAAUUAUUGCUGAUCAGGGUGCCUUCAAUCUGUCAUUGCAACAUUUAGUUUACAGCAACAAGGAACACUUUCAAUUCUCCAGUAUUCUAUUCUCAGGUCUAAUCCAAACCACCAAACCGACCUCCCACCAGUCUGAUGUGGCAAGGAAUCGGAAUGCAUGUAUUUCCUGGACGGAGUAAAAUAUGACAUCUCGGGUUGUAUUUAUAUCCGUGUUGCUGCUGUUGUGGUGUCACUGUCGCCAUGUUUUGGGCUCCGGUGAUUCUGGGACCGGGAUAGUUCCGUCUCCAGACCGAUCAGCCGACGGUGCUGAUCUGCUCUCUAUGGGGACCAUGGUGGACACACACUCCGCGAUGUUACGUCAGGGAAACACAGAUGAGUGUGACAUUGUGAUGAACCUGAGUGCUGCUGAUCGAUGUGCGUUUGUGAAGGCCACUCCAGACUGCAGUAUGGAAGACAGCUUCAUCAACUACCUCAAGAUGGCCUUCUGUCUACUACCACCCAACCUAACACCCCUCACUAUCACACUCUGCAUUAUCUGGUUGUUAAUCUUGUUCAUAGUUCUCGGACUGACGGCGUCAAAGUUCUUCUGUCCCAACCUCUCAGCCAUCUCCUCCAGCCUUCGACUCACACACAACGUGGCUGGUGUGACGUUCCUGGCGCUAGGAAACGGAGCUCCAGAUGUCUUCAGUGCCACUGUGGCCUUCUCCCGUCCACACACCGCUGGCCUGGCUAUAGGAGCACUGUUUGGAGCGGGUAUCUUUGUAACCACGGUGGUCGCCGGGUCUGUGUCAUUGGUCAAACCCUUCACUGUAGCGUCCCGCCCCUUCCUGCGGGAUGUCAUCUUCUACAUGGCUGCAGUCUUCUGGACCUUCAUCAUCCUCUACAGAGGAACUAUAUCACUGGGAGAGACACUAGGGUACCUUGGGCUGUAUGUGGUGUAUGUGGUAACAGUCAUUGUGAGUGCCUACAUCUAUAGUCAUCAGAAACACUCAGCAACUAGAAGUUCCAUCCAGAGCUCAACACACGCACCAGCUGACACACACGUACCAGAGCUCCAGACGUCUGAGUCAGACCAGGCUCCUCUUUUAUCUAAUGGCAGCAUCCAGGAGGGCUAUGACAGUGAGUACCGUCCCCUGCUCCCCUACUGUGAGUCGACCAGUUCCAUCCUGCUGAAUUCUCUAAACCCUGUGGACAACAGGACCUGGAGGAGGAAGACCUGGCGCUGGAGGACUGUGAAAAUACUGAAGAUGCCACUGGAGUUGCUGCUGCUGCUGACUGUUCCAGUGGUGGAUCCUGACAAAGAAGACAGGAACUGGAGAAGACCAUUAAACUGCCUCCACCUGAUCACUGCGCCGCUGGUUUGUGUGCUCACCUUCAGCUCCGGAGAGUACGGUUUGUAUCUGAUCGAGGGUCAGUUUCCUGUCUGGGCGUUGACUUUGCUCUUUGGCCUCUUCCUCUCCGCCAUAGUCUUCCUCACCACUUCUAAUGACCAGCCACCGGCAUACCACUUAGUGUUCUCUCUGUUGGGCUUUGUGGUGAGUGCGAUGUGGAUCAGUGCUGCAGCCUCGGAGGUGGUCAGUAUCCUGCACAUGCUCGGUGUGGUCCUUAGUCUUUCCAACAAUUUACUGGGUCUCACACUGCUGGCCUGGGGAAAUAGCAUUGGGGAUUGUUUUUCUGACAUCACCAUCGCCCGCCAGGGCUACCCACGGAUGGCAUUAUCAGCCUGCUUUGGGGGAAUCAUCUUUAACAUGCUGAUUGGAGUGGGCAUUGGCUGUCUGAUACAGAUGUUUAACAACGAGCCAGUGGUGACGUUGGAACCAGAGGGUUUGUUGACCUGGGUUCUAGCAGGUUCUCUGGGUCUCUCUCUGGUCUUCUCCUUCAUCCUAGUUCCUCUGCGUUGUUUCCACCUGGGCCGGGCCUAUGGAAUCUUCCUCCUGCUCUUCUAUGCAGUCUUCCUCCUGAUUGCGCUGCUCACAGAGUUCGGCUUUAUCCACACCUGAAGCCUGUACGAGAUGGUUUGGACCAGUCUGAUAGAGCCACCUGUGAACACUGACCAGACGGGUUUGAGACCUGAGAGACUUUCCUCUUCCUGGGAGAGAUGGAGUCACAGCCAAUCACACUGUGCCUUAACGGAGUUGGAACCAAUCAGACUGUGAUUUAACUUUUGUCUGUUUACACUGACUAUAUUUUUUAUAUUUAGAUCGCCAUUAGCUGUUAAAUAAGGACCAGCUUCUCUUACUGGGGUCCACACAAAACAAUUACACACAUAUACAGAAAUAACAGUAACACACAGUUUUAAAGUAACCCAUGUACUGACAAGGAGUAAAAAAAAUGAAAAAAAGA